UGCAAAUAGCAGGCCCGCAAGCAUGGUGAACGUCCCAAAAACCCGCCAGACCUUCUGUAAGAAGUGUGGCAAACAUCAACCUCAUAAAGUGACACAAUACAAAAAGGGGAAGGAUUCUCUGUAUGCUCAGGGAAAGUGGCUCUAUGACAGGAAGCAGAGUGGCUAUGGUGGACAGACUAAGCCUAUUUUCUGGAAAGAGGCAAAAACUACAAAGAAGAUUGUGCUGAGGCUUGAAUGUGUUGAGCCCAACUGCAGAUCUAGGAGAAUGCUGGCUAUGAAGAGAUGUAAGCAUUUUGAACUGGGAGGAGAUAAGAAGAGAAAGGGUCAUGUGAUCCAGUUCUAAGCCUCAUCUUUUCUAUUACGAAGAUGACAAAAUCCUGAGGUGAAGGUUCACCUCAUUUGAUUACAGUUGGUCUGUUUGUAAGGGAAUAAAUUAAUCCGUAAAAUUCCCCUUUGGGG